AUGGAGAAAGUGCCUUCAGAAAAUGCUAAAAACGUUGUUCUGCCAAAUCUGGGCUUCCUCGACUCCGCCUCACAUGAGCAGCUCCCCCUCUCACCAAAUGAUCGCACGGAGGAGGAGGAAGAGAAGAAAGAUAUACAAAAAUCUAAGCGACGUGGCCCACCUGGUCUCCAACUUAUGGCGUUGCCUACAGAGAUUGGU